UUCAGUUCCACGCGAUUUGCUGUCCGUAAAACAAAGUGGCGUGUGUUGUAUUAAAGUGUUUACAUCUGUUUUCUGGGGGUUUUAAUGCAGCUUAAACGCUCUACAUGGACACCACGAAGCAGGAAGACACGGACACAAAGGCCCCAUCAGUUAUCGACCGCUACUACACGCGGUGGUACAGAGCCGAUAUGAAGGGGAAACCGUGUGAGGAUCACUGCAUACUGCAACAUUCAAACAGAAUAUGCGUUCUCACUUUAGCUGAGACCCACCCAGUUCUUCAGAACGGGCGCAGAAUCAAAAGCAUAAAUUACCAGAUCAGUGACCACUGCAGUCGCUUGAAUAAUAAAGUGUCUGGGAAGUCCAAGCGGGGGGGCCAGUUCCUUACUGAUUUUGCACCCUUGUGUAGAAUAACAUGCUCAGAUGAAACUGAAUAUACAGUGUACAGCUGCAUCCGGGGCCGUCUGCUGGAGGUCAAUGAGAAUAUUUUAGAAACACCAAAUCUCUUGCUAGAAAAGCCUUCAACUGAAGGAUACAUCGCUGUCAUCCUACCAAAGUUUGAGGAGAGCAAGAGCAUAACGGAAAGUCUGCUGAGCAGAGAGGAGUUUGAGGGUGUCGUUUCAAAACGUGGCCAGUCAGAACCCUCUUGACGCUGUCAAGCCUCAACUGUACAGACUUUCAACAAACUGGUUCAAGACUGAAAAAUUGUAGAAAUGUACAUGAAGUCAGUGGUAAGACUUUUUUUUUUUUUUUUUUU